AAUACUGAAUUUCUAAAGUCUUUUAGUCUGUCACCAAAACUCACUAAUGUAAUUCAGACUGCUAUCGCUCCUUGUCAGAGGUGUUAUUUUAUAUUCACUGUUAUUUGUUAAAGUUUAAUGCUGCAGUACUUUUAAGUAUUUAACAUUUCAUGGAUUUGUAAAUUGCUCCCUCCCAGGGGAGAGGGUUUCUUAACCAUGGUUUGUCAAGUACAUUGUGAACACAUCCAAAAUUAGCACUGUCUGAGUAGCAGGGCUCAGAAACGCUCUGCUUUAAUAGAGUCAGAUCUUACUAAAACAAAUGCAAGAAUUAAGGCAAUACAGCAUGUCGUUCUUCCAGAAGAUUAGAUAUUUCUUUAAAAGGCAGAUUUCUAGAGUUCAGAUGAUAUUGAGCGGAUUUCUUUGGUCCAAAUGGACACCUCACCUGCUAUCAUGUUUUCCAGAGCGGCCACCAUGGCUGGGGUCACAGCUCACAAGAUCAGUAAACGCAUCACCUUCCUCGCCAAUGAUGUCACUGGGACUCCCACGGCUUGUGUGUCACCUGCUCACCCUAAACCCAUAUUGUUGUUGCUGCCAUGGCUGGGCUCCAAACCGCAGGCCAUUGCCAAGUACUGUGAUAUUUACUUUCGCACAGGCUUUGAUGUGCUUGUCGUGGAAAGUGAGGUGAGCCAGUUCUUGUGGCCCCGCUGGGGGUUGGAGUAUGGUGGCCAUGUGCUGGAAUUAUUAGAGAGUGAGCGCUUCUCACAGCGCCCCCUAUUGGUCCAUGCUUUCUCCAUAGGUGCAUAUACAUUUUCUCAGGUGCUUGUAAAUGUGGCCAAUGACACACAGCGUUACCAAGGCCUGACAAACAGAAUCAGGGGUCAAAUCUACGACAGCCUUGUCAUGGGAUCGCUGGAGCAUAUGGCCAAUGGUCUGGGUAAAACCAUAUUUCCCCGGAUGGAAGGUCUCGUGAAGUCGACUAGCCUUCUCUACUUUCGUGUCUUCAAAAACCAGACGGUUGGCUACUUCAGCUCAGCGAUCAAUGUUUUCUGGAACACUCCUGUGAUGGCACCUGCUCUUUUUUUCUACUCUGAAAACGAUGCACUGUGCGAUUACGAGAGCUUGGAGAAGAUGGUGGAGUUCUGGAGGAGCCAUGGCCUAAUUGUCGAGAGCAAGAAGUGGAAGGAGUCGGUUCAUGCAGGUCAUCUGCGCACACACCCUCAGGAUUAUCUGUCCACACUGGAGAAUUUUGUGCAGUCUCUUAACAUGGUGCCUCUGAAGGCCAAAAUGUGAAUUCUGAAGGCUGUCACUUGUCUCAUUAAACAUCCAAGUCGGCUGAA